UUCUUCGCCGGCUACGAUCGGCCGAGUUCUUCCUCUCGCAGAGUCGGUUCAGUGCCGUACCUCCGAGACUCGCUCGUACGUGCACUUUAAACGAAUUUCGAUGCCGCUCGAGGUGCACGCCGGUUUAAUUUAACGAGAUUUGAUCGAGUCUUUUACCUCGGUCGAAAGUAAAUUUUGUGAAAAACGAUAUUAUUUUUAAACUAUUAUUGAGGAGAAUUAAUGUUUUCUUUGAUAUUACAGUUCGGUACAUUGUUCUGUGAUUUCGGUGCGCGGGGUGUGCGUAAUAUGAAUUCGACGUUGUUUCUUUGAACGAAAAUUAAACGAGAGUCGAAUGAAAUUGACGCGGUUGUACGAUUCGUACCUGCGGCAAAUAAUUGGUUAAAAUUAUUCGUGUUACCCGAUUUAUCCACAGUGUAAACGGAUCGAUAAACCUGCGAUAGAUAAUAUCGAUUAAAAUAAUCGUUUAACACGGGGGGGGGGGAAAGAGAAAAAUUAUACUUGUUGUACGUAUAAUAAUUGACGAAAAAUCAACCAACUCUGGACCGAGUCGUGAAAGUGUUUACUCGCUCAGCGGGUAAUACAACGUGUACAUACAGAGAUAUAUAGAUACAAACGUACAUAUCAAGCUGAAGCAAAAUGCUGCCACGGGAAUUGAUAACUUUCGCAACGAUAACGACCCUCAGCGUCGCGACGGCGGGCGCCUCCGUCAAUUUGGAGUAUGACGACAAUGGGAUGCUGGCGGACGAGGAGAGGAGAAUAACCAACAACAACAACAGCAAUGACAACAACAAAUUCAAUGAUAACAAAGGAUCAGUCGGACGCGAGGUGCGAUGCUUCUGCAACCAGGCGGCCUGCGUGACUCAGGGAUACUUGUGCCGAGGCACGGGUUGUUUCACCGAACUACCCUCGAGCCUCAACAAUCCGUCAUCGCUGAGGCCGGAACGAAGUCCCUGGCACGGGUGCCUCGGCGAUGGUUUUAAGGACAGACAGUGUCCCGCGGGACUUUUGUGCUGCGAACAGGACUUGUGCAAUCACGUCGACGAUCCCGCGGUUCAAACGAAACUCAAUAGAACUCUUCACGUUUUGUCCGGGGACCAGCGAGUCUACAAUUUCGGACCUAUCCAGAGCAGCAAUCACGGGAAUCAAGCGACCGAGGGCUGGUUCAGAACAGCGACGAUAGCCGUCCCGAUAUGCGGCCUAGUCGCUCUUCUUGUUCUUGCCGGUUUGGCCGUUCGACUUUUGAAGCCCAUGCCGACGCAGGGCGAUAAGCUCGGUCCGCACUGCAGAGUUCCGGAUAACGCGCCGCCCCUUUUGGGACCGCCGAAAGUGCCUCUCGUCUAACGAUUAACCGAUCCGCUGGAGAGUGAAGAGGAGAUACGUGACACAUAUUUUUGAGAACUGAGAAGCGAAUUAAGACGAGUUGAACAUUUCCAUCUCCGUCGCAGCAUCGGGCGUCCGACAGUGUUGGUGAAAUCGGAAUAAAUCCGAGCAAGGAAAAAAUAUAUCCGCAGGUGUAGAUAAAUUUUGGAAUUCAAAGGUUUUUCAAAAAUUUCCUCUUUUACUGUAAUACGCGUUCAGUUGGUAAGCACAAGGAACACGGACGUUAUUUAUCGUACAUGCGAUAUUCACCGUACUAUUAUCUCCUACGAAACGCGAAAAAACAACAACAAAAUGUCACGCGCUGUUUGCAAAUAUACGCAUACAUAUAUACGUAUAUGUAGGACAUACGUAUAUAAAUGGACAGGUAUUUCAACAGCUGCAUGUGUGAAUUGUGAUUUAAAGACUUCUUUCAAAGGGUUGGCCUUAUAUGAUAUACUAUAUAAUUGUAUAGAACCUUAAGAAAGCUAGCGGGCCCUACGAGGCUUCUCUUGGCUGUGAAUUUUAUGAAGAAAUAAAAAAGAAAGAGAAAAAACUAAAAUUGGAAAAAAAAAAACAUUUUCAGACAAUAUUCAUGUCUUAUGAUUUUUGCCUUUUUCUACUCAAAGACGGGGAUUAUUUUUUACUGAUUGUGAGCUCCUGUUCGGCAUGUUCGUUGCGGAGAAAUUUAAACCAUUCGUAAUGUCCCCCCCCCCCCUGCCGAGAGACCGUUUUUACUUCCUCGGCAAAGAAAAUACAACGAGUUGAACAGGUAAUCAUGUUGUAUUCGGAUUCCUAUAUUAUCAACGAGUAUAUAUGUGUAGUAUCCCCGUCCGUAAUUGUUUUCGCACUUGUAUAAUGUAAAUAUAUAAAUAUAUAUGUAGUAUACACAAUAUGGAAAACCAAGAUUUUGUAACAUAGUAUAUAGUAAAAUUAAUGCUGUGCAAACUGUAAAAUUGGAUAGUAAUAUGAAAUAUAUUCAUCGACAUAUAGUAUAUAUUUUUAAUAAAAUUAGCAAUAGGAUGUAAUUCGUAGAUCGUUUACAAUGAUACUCUACUAAUUAUUCAACAAUUGACUCAGAGCUAUUGCUUUUAGCCGUUCAAAGAGUCAAAGAUUCUGACAUAAUGGCCAUUAGUGAAAAAUAAGAAUGUUUUUUUUUAAACAUUCAAUGAAAUUUAUUUAGUUUACGUUUGUAAACAAUGUGCACCAAAGCUCAUUUAUUAGAUCGCUUUACUGAUCCAAUUACCUCAACUAAAUUUCAUGAAUCUCUCCUCUGGAUUUGAAAACUUUUCAACAAUUUCGAAAUCCUCGCAAACCCGAUUGCGGAGUAACUAGCAACUGUGCCACACAAUGUCCAAUAGAAGCGAUGUACAACAGACAAGUUAUGAACCAGAAAAGCAAAAUUUGAAAACGAAUGAGAUCAUUUGUAACAUCACGUUAAUAUGUGUUACGUAAGAGGCACGAACAGAUUUGUUCACAACCUCCUAAUCCGAUUAUAAUACAGUUUAGAAAUCAUUUUCUGAGAAACGAGAAAAAAAAAAAAAAACUAGUUACAUUCAUGUAUUUUAAUAAUUGUUCACGCACAGGGUAGAAUAAAAAAUGGAAUACGCGCAUUACACGAAACAAAAAAAGAGUUUCUCUCUGAUGAUUAAAAUUUCGCGGAUUGCGGUGCAGCAAAAUUUUUGAACUUGAGCGACAUAGAGAAAAAAAACGACAGCUCUCAGUUUAUACGAGAUUUAACAUUGACGGAAUGGCUAAAGUUGGAUUCUGCAUUUAAGGUCCAUUAACGUCAAAUUAAACUUCACUUCGUACAGCCAACAGGCGAUUGAGGUUUCCAUAGCUCUAUUUAUAUUCCGAAUAAAUAUUAUAUUGUGAUAAUAUUGUAUAAUUAUUUUAACUUGAUAAUAAAUAAUAAUAAUGAUAAUAAUAAUAUGAAUAUUAAUUCAAAUGCGAUUUUAUACACAUAUAAUGAGAUGUAUCGCCUUGCGCAGGGCGAUUAUACAAAGUAUAAAAAAAUAAUACAAAUAAAAUAACUGAACAUU